UGGAGAUUUUUAGGAAAGGGCAGAGUGAAUGGGCGUCUGGGAAGAUGAAGGUCGAGAAAGUAGGGAAUAGGUAUGAGAUGAGGAGAUUAGAUGAGAAAGAUUGUAUUAGUGGAGAUUUUGGUGAGGAUAUAAGUCUUGCGGUGUGUAGAGAAGCAAGAGUACUUGGGCUUUAUGCAGAUUGAGCUCAGAGAUCAUUUGUUGAAAGGGUUAAGCAAAUAUUAGAUAGCUUGACUUCUUUGAAGGAAUUGCUUUCUUUGAAAGAUCUUUUCUCUAAUGGAGAUGAUUGUUCCUUAGACAAAAAGCUAGAUGAGACUUGACAGGUUGCCAUUAAUCUUUUGCAAAAAUACCAAGAAAAUGACUUAAUAUUAGAUAAAAAUAACCAUUACAAAAGAAGCUUAGAAAGCCAUAUCACUGAAGAAAAGAAACAUCACAAUGAGAUGGAGCAUGUUGAUAGUAUCAUAAGUUCUCAUGCUUACCAGAAAUAUCUAGAUAUGAAAGAUAAACUCAUAACAAGAGAUGAUAAUCUACUAUUAGAUCUCAGUGAUAAGCAAAUUAUUGACUUGCUAAAGAGCUGGAAACCUGUGACUCUUCCUGAAGUUAAAUCUAUAACUUUCGAGAAUAUAAACUACCAAAAUUUAAAAAGUAUGAAGCAUUUUAUUUUGAAUUGCUUUCCUCAAAAGCUUGAUAAAUUAGAUAUUAGAACUCAAAGACUGCCUUUUAAGGAUUGAAAGAGGUUUAUGAAAGAGAUCAUGAGUAUCAGCCAUAAAAUACAAACAGAAAGCUGCUUCUACAAUUUACAGAUUAGCAAGAAACAAUUUAUGAGGCUAAUUUCAGCGAAUCAAAAUAAGAGAACUGUUGUGUUUUCUAAAUGCAAAAUUCUCUUAUAAAAGGUAUUCCUGAUUUCACUUAUGCUCUGAAUGAAAGUACACUCAAAGUGCUGAGACUAAAUAAGUGUCGGAUUCUCUACCUUACUGCAUCUUCUAAUAAUCGCGAUGGGCUCGCAAUCCUGGUGAAUAGAUUAUCAAAAUCGGCUUCUUUCCUGAAGAACCUGAUGUUUCUUCACUUGUCAGGUUAUGGCCUCGCAAAGAUUCCCUCUCUCCAGAAUAAACUUAGCCAGUGCGGGCUGGCUAAGAGACAAAUCUAUUAUUCAAAAUAAAUUUACUCUUUGAAGUUG